UUCCCUACUCAAUUCUCUCAACUAUCUUCUUUUUCUUCAAUUUUCAAAAUCUAUCUUACUCUCUCUAGCUAUCUUAUUCUUCUAGCUACUUCUUUCUUACCUAAUACCUUCGAAACUUAUUUCUAAAAUUAUAUAGCAAAUAUUUAUAAUAUAUCAUGGCUUUAGAAGAAGAAACUUCCACCUUGGAGUUGAUAAGGCAACAUCUUCUUAAUGAUUUUGGUUCCAUGGACAGCUUCAUCAACAGCCUUAACAUGUGUACGGCCCAGAUAACCCAAAACCCUACUGAAUUUUCCUUCCCGGAAAAUAACGGUCAUAACCAAUCAUUCAAAGUUCCAAAGACAGAAACAACUAACGAUGAUGAUGAUGAUGAUUCUCAUAGUUUUGAGUUUCAAACUAAACCACAGUCAGUUACCGGCAACUACCCGAAACCGCCAAAACCCUCGAGUUUAAGCCAGCGCCGCCCUUCGAUCAACGUUGCCAUACCGCCGGCAACCUUAUGCUCUAAGUCUCCGGUGCCGGCGGCGGUAACGGUUCCAGCAACUUCGUCGACGUCGACUUGUACAAGUUCUGAUAACGCUUCUGACAGCAGGCAUUACCGGGGUGUAAGAAAGAGGCCGUGGGGGAAGUUCGCGGCCGAGAUUCGUGACCCUAACCGCCGUGGCUCGCGAGUAUGGCUCGGGACCUUUGACACCGCCAUCGAAGCUGCCAGAGCUUAUGACCGCGCUGCUUUUAGGAUGCGUGGGAGCAAAGCGAUCCUGAAUUUUCCUCUAGAGGCCGGCAGAUCGCCGAGGCCCGAGAGCACUGAUGCCCACGCGCCAACCAAUUGUGCUGAGAGGAAGAGGAGGAGACGAAGUGAUGGUGAGGUGGAGGAGGUGGUGAGAGAAGCGAAGGAGUUGAAGAAGGAAGAAUUAGAAACGCCGUCGACGGCAUUAACGGAGAACACGUCGUCUGAUCAGGAGGUGAACUCAUCAGGGAGUAACGGUAACGGUAACGGUAACGGUAACAGUGCAAUUGUACCUUUAACGCCGUCAAGUUGGACUUCAGUUUGGGACAGUCAAGACGUUAAGGGAAUUUUUACAGUGCCUCCGUUGUCACCCUUAUCUCCUCUCCCUUCUUUUGGAUAUUCUCAACUUAUGGUUAUCUGAAUCAAUAAUCUUUUAAUUAGCUGGUAAUUAAAUCAAAGCUAUCCACAACCCUUUUCACAACGGCUAAAAAAGUCAAAGGUUAAGUGGUUAGGGUUUUUGGUUUCUUGUUCUUUUUAAAAUGGGUGUAAAUAUACGUAUAUAUGAGUGGCACUGGCAUGUGCAUAUAGUAGUUCUUUUCGAUGAACUAUAUAUAUAUAGACAGCUACAGCUAGCUAUAAUAGGUACAAAAUGGCUGAUAUCUAUAGUGGACUAUGAUGUAAGCACAAUAUGGUUGAGAAUUGAAUUUGUUUAUUCGUUUAUUUUAAUAAUAUCUAUAAUAUAUUCAGUAUUUCCUAA